AUGCUGGAAGCUUCUGUCUCCAGCAGAAUUGCCCUGUGCCCACACCUGAGCAACCUCAGAGCUCGAGAAAGACGACAGAUCGAUUUGAUGGUGGAGAAGUGGGUAGUUGUUGCCUCUGUUGAGGCCAUGUUACGAUUUCCCCUGAAGCCUGGAGAGGAUCCCACAGCCCGCUGUGUCUCCCAAGGGAAAUGUCAGCUUACGGUGGACCAGCCCCAAGCAACUUCCCAAAGACCAGAUGACCCAAAGGACAGGAAAACCAACGAUCAAUUAAAGAGCAAGCCUCAUCAGAAGCCCAAGGCUAUGAAUCAGAUGGCACGCCAUUCAGUAUGUCAUCAGCCUCGAAGGCCCCUGAAGGACAAUAACCCACAGAGAAGAUCAGUGUGCCAGAGGGCUUCCCCACCAGACGGAGAGUACAGCAAGGUGAAAUGCAAGAACUGUGGAGCCUUUGGGCACUUGGCCAAAAGCAAGAGGUGCCCCAUGAAGUCCUGGGGUGGGGCCAUUCCCUUACUGGCCUUGGGUCGCAAUCAGGAGAAGGAGAACCUGAAACCCAAGAAACCUGACGGACUUCAGCCUGCAGAAUCCUUGAGGAAGACUGAGAGACAAGAGGCAGGAACUCACAGGAAACAUUUUCAAAGUCAGAUACAGCUUCGUAGAAUUCGCUUCCUAUUUAAGUUUCACAACACACUGUGUAACACAUGGAUCGAAAACCGGAAUGUGGUCAGCCCUUCUCACCCCAGCACCACAUUCCACAGUGCAGCCACUCCCUUGACCUUAACAACAGACAAGCAUCCUACUAGACCAUUGCCUGUGCAAACAUCCAAGAGGAAGUCGCCCCUCGGCUCUGCACUGCCAUGUCCACUGCCUAGUGAGACACCUUAUAGAUCACGCUGCGCUACUGAGGCUCCAAACAAAACACCUCAGCUGAGCACUGACAGCCCAGCCCAAGGAUCUGGGGUCAACUUUGCUGACUCCCCUCACCAUGUUCUAAAGAAAUUCACCCCAGGCCCAGCUGGCAGUGCCAAGCCAACAGUCAAAGGGCCUGAUGUUUCCUCUCAUGACACUCUUCAACCUGCCAGGAAGACACCUACCCUGGGUCACAGGUCUAAUCCACAGGUGCAGAUCAAAGUUGCGGAGGUGGAUUCAAAGUUGCCUCCACAGCCAGUCACAGAAAAUUGUGUCCAGAACUCCAAACUCAGCACCCAGGCUCCAGGCAAGAGGUCUGCCCAAGACUCCAUCCAGACCAGCCAGAACUGCCCCAAGAAGCCAAGACUCCUGGUUUCCCAACCUCUCUCCAGUACAAGUGGACCUGCACACUCUCGGGCACCCCAAGGGUCAACAAAGAUGCCAGUCCUGAAGCCAAUUUCUGACCCUCAGCCUCCAUCUAACUCACGUUGCUCAAGCUCAGGCCAGAACUGCCCAAUCUUCCAACCUCGAGUGUCCAGUCGUGUUCCAGACACGACACAGAGAAUCGGCCCCAAGAAACAGGACAGUGCCAGGUCCAGAACCCCUCCCACAUCCAAUCCAGGGAAGUCUACAGCUGCUCGUCAGAACACUCACGUCUUAAAGGAGUCUGAGAGGCAGGGUCCCCAGGUCACAAGGAGUGUCCUCUAUGAGGAUCUUCUGGUCUCUUCCUCCUCUGAUGACAGUGACUGA